GCGAUGCAUUUCGGGACGUGUAGUUUUUCCCUGAGGAUUGUGGGAGUCGUGGUUUGUGAGUGCCUGGUGAGGAGGCUUGCCGCCCUGAGUCAUCAGAUCUUCCAGCUCCUUGGACCUCAUCUUUCAUCUCCUGCACCUGUCUUGGGGACUGCAUUGAUCAAGCGUGAACUGCACAGCUGGCCCACCAUGAACUGGAAGGCUCUUGAACACGUGCCCCUGCUGCUGUAUGUCCUGGCAGCCAAAACGCUGAUUCUCUGUCUGGCAUUUGCGGGAGUGAAAGUAUACCAGAGGAAAAGAUUGGAAGCCAAACAGCAAAAACUGGAGGCUGAAAAGAAGACGCAGAUGGAGAAGAAAGAUGACUGAAGGGAAAUCGCAGGUGCGGAGGCUUUAUUUUGCUAUUUAAAUGUCAGCUUGGGUGGACUCCAGCUGAGAAAACAGAAGAAAGACUAAUGGCUGAAUGUCAGAGGAUCAACUUCCGACCUACAUUUUAACUUAAAAUAAUGAAUAAUGUGAGUUUUUAUAUGCUUUUAGAAAAACUAGUAUUUUGUUUACUAAAAUAAAAUACCUUUGUAAAAAA